AUGGAUGUUGAACUGGUAGUACCGAGAUACUGCUGGCGACGGCUGGGAAGGAUCGCUGGUUGGAUAGGUACUGCUCACUGCGAUAUGGCCGCCGCCGGGGCGACCCCCAUUAUCCUGUUGGGGACCAGCACCGUCAUUUAUCCCUGUUCUCUUCAAACGCUUAUCCUUAUCUGUAACUUUCCAGUUCCUAGAAGCAUGGAUAAGUUUUUGAAGAAAAGAUCCCAUCCAAGCGGCGACUCAUCGAGGCCUGCGAAACGCCCUGUAAGAGAUCCAGAAACUGCCAUUGUUGAUCAACGUCUCACCGCUCCGCGAGUCAUUGUGGCCUGGAACUGCAACGGCCUUACCAGCCGGCUGCGCAACGGAGACGAACCUGCUAUAAAACUGUUCGUUGAAAGGCAUGCCCCAGAUGUCAUCUUCUUGAGUGAAGUACGUAUUGCGGCUGCGAACGACAACCCCACGGCCAAGCCAAAUCCGAAGACAAAAUGGUACCGCUAUCGUAUGCGCGAUGGGAACAAGAAGGCUCUGGAAGAUUUUUCUCUUGUAAAUACGUUCAUGAGAAGUAAGGAGAUGGCAAAGUACAGAUGCUAUUUCAGUCUCGCCGACACCAAGUACGCCGGUACUGCCAUGCUUCUCAACACCGAGACGACAGCUCCACCUAUCUCAGUGCGCUAUAACUUGGAGCCUGUGUGUAUCAAAGGCAAUGUGCAUGAUGGCGAUGGUCGUGUUAUUGUUGCAAAGUUUACAGGAUUCUCUAUCUUGCAUACUUAUUCGCCCAACAAUGGGUGGGAUGAGAACCACUUGUCCAGAAGGCGAGAUUGGGACCAGAAGAUAAAAGAAUUUGUGAUAAGGAAGAAGGAAGCCAAAGUCAACCUCAUGUGGAUUGGUGAUCUUAAUGUGGCCCCAUUAGACGUGGACCUUUCACAUCCAGCCUACUACAAGAAGCAAAAGGGAGGCCGCAAUACUGCAAAACUGGGCCCAUCUAGGGCACCGCCAUCAGAAGAAGACGUUGGGCAGCCAGGAUGCACUCCUCGCGAACGAAGUCAGUUCAGGGAGAUUUUGAAAGUGGGCAAUAUGGUUGACGCAUACAGAGAACUAGUGGGUGAGUCCGACAAUUCUGGGUUGACAUGGAGGGGGCAUACGACUGGAAAGCACGCAGGGAGGGGAAUGCGAAUCGAUCAUUGCAUCGUUUCAAGAUCUGUGAUGCCUUCCAUUGUGUCGGUGCAAAUAACUGGGCACGGCUUUGACCGAAUUGGCUUCUUAGGCUCGGACCACUGCCCUUUACUAAUAAGUCGACAAUGUUCUAAACAAGCAAGCGAAGACAAAUAGUCUCAGGCUUGCAUGGGAAGCGCAGCACAGGCGUUAGGUGCUGCUUUGUGCUUCACUGGAUACGCGGCGACAACAAAUCAAGCGACUGGAGUGGUGGGGAAUCCAAGCGUCAUCGCAUCUACUGCAUUGUAUAGAGCGGGAGUCUAGUAUUAUUUUCGUGGUUUGGAAGUACGGCGACUUAACGUUAUCAAAAUCAAGGACGAUACUGGUCCGUAACUGCA